AUGAGCCUCUCGCCUAACUACAGGCCCGGGCAGGCCCAGGCCGAGCUGGACAACUUCGGCGUCGACUGGGUCGUCCACUACCAGUUUGACGAUAUCGACCCCAGCAAAGCGACCGAAGAACUCUCGUCCCUCCUCGCCCACCUCCACGAAGCGCAUCUCGAAACCCAAGUCCGACACGGGCACGGCUCCUCGCUGCUCAUCUUCAUCAAAGUCCCACGCAUGCACCUCGGCCGGCUCGUCCACCAGUCGCGCGUCAAAGACUGGCUGUACGGGAUCAUCCACGAGCUGCCCGCCGGCGACGACGACACGAUCGCCGACGCCGAAACACCCGCCGAGGCCCUGCGUUCUGUAUACCACGCCGUCACCUGGAAGAAGGCGCUGGGCGGCGCGCACAUCACCCCGGGCCACGGGAAAUGGAAGCGCAUUGCGUCGGCGUUUCCGCUGCACGACCAGGCGGCGAAUGCGGAGCUGCUGCGGAAAUGGAGCAGGACGGUCCUGUUGACGGCGGAGGACCUUGAUGCGAUCCGGGCGCUAUUCGGCGAGAAGGUCGCGUUCUAUUUUGCGUUUACACAGAGUUACUCGUCGUUUCUGGUGGUGCCAGCGGUUUGGGGCGCGGUGACGUGGUGGUAUAUGGGGCCGUACUCGGUGACCUUUGCGCUGGGGAACUGUCUAUGGGCGCUGGUGUUUGUGGAGUAUUGGAAGAUUCGGGAGACGGAUCUUGCGCUGCAUUGGCAGGUGAAGGGGGUUGGGGCGUUGAAGGUGACGCGCAACAAGUAUGUCUGGGACAAGGAGGUGCGCGAUCCGAUCACGGGCGAGACGGUGCAGGUCUUUUCGCCAUGGAAACAGUUUCUGCGGCAGUUGCUGCUCAUUCCCUUCGCGUCGGUUGCUAGCCUGGCUUUGGGAGGGUUGAUUGUGGUCACCUUUGCGAUGGAGGUGUUCAUUUCCGAAGUCUAUGCCGGAUCGCUGAAAGGAUAUCUCGAGUUCCUCCCGACGAUUCUCUUUUCGCUGUGCUUGCCCUCUAUCACGGGGCUGUUGACGUCCAUCGCGACGAGGCUGACCAAGUACGAAAACUACCGAACUCAAGACCAGUACGACCUUGCGCAGACGGCGAAGCAGUUUGUCAUGCAUUUCAUCACCGCGUUCCUCCCCACCAUCCUGACAGCAUUCGUCUACGUCCCGUUCGGCGCGGCCAUCGUGCCCUACCUGGAUAUCACCCGGCGUGGUGGAGACAAGCAAGACUUUCACGUCGACCCGACCCGGCUGCAACAGGAAGUCAUCUACCUUUCCAUGACAGGCCAGGUGCUGGAUUUUGGGACAGAGGUGGUACUUCCGUAUGUGAAGCGAGUGAUCUGGCAGAGAUGGCGGGACUACCAGGAAAAGAAAGAGGCCGUGAAGUGCAGACGGCGCGUGUCAUCGGCCACCAACCAGGUUUUGAUCGAUGACCCCGACGAGAGCGCUUUCCUGGCCAGAGUCCGCAACGAGGCCGAGGCUGACGAGUAUAAUGUACACGAAGACACGCUAGAGAUGUGCGUGCAGUUUGGCUAUCUGAUGCUCUUUGGUGCGUCGUGGCCGCUGGUGGCCUUGGGCUUCCUGCUGAACAACUGGCUGGAGCUGCGUGGGGACUUUUUCAAGCUCAGCCUCGAGUGCCAGCGCCCUCCGCCAAUCCGAGCCGACUCGAUUGGACCUUCCCUGCAAGGCUUAGAGGUGCUCAGCUGGCUGGGUACGUUGUCGACGGCAACAAUAGUCUACCUCUACCGCGGCGGGAUGGCCGAGGUCCGCGUCUCGUCGCUGCUGCUGACCGUCCUGGCGGCCGAGUGGGCGUAUCUGGGCAUGCGGUUUGCAGUGAGCACAGGCCUGCGCACGAUCCUCAGCACAACGCUGCGACGAGAGUCAGCCAAGCGGUAUGCGAUGCGCAAGGAAUACCUGCAGGCGUCCGCUGGGGGCAGCCCGCCACGGGGGAAGCUCCGAGUGCGCUUUCGCGACCGAGUCAGCGUGUACACUAGUGCGACCGAUCCACCUUCCCCGCAGCGAGACGAUGUGCUUCACGAGGAUACGCUGGACGGCGAGCGAAGGUUCUGGUCGGGGGUUGCUGUGGAGGACGGAAUGCGCAUCAUCAAGGCUCUGGCGCGAAGGAAGGGCGGGGAGAAGCAGAUGUAA